AUGGCGGCCUCGACUGCAAAGCCCGCAGAGACAUCGUCUAGUGCUCCUGCAUUGCGAUCGGCGCGAAAGCAUGAGGAUAAGGAGCGAGCCUCAUACGCUAGACUGGCCUUCGUCAGAUCUUGGGGACCCGGUCAGGAAGCUCGACUGAUCUUGUGCGAAACGGUUGCGUCAUCGAUUGACUUCAUCGCGUCCAUGCCAAUCAGUGUCAAGCCAAAUUCCCGAUGGCCAAGCUGCAACGCUGACGGCCAGCAUCUGGUACCCAUGGCACGUGCGCAGUCAUCGUCCCGGCUCAAGUUGCAGAGCACCUUGGGGAAGUCAGGCAAGUGGCGUGUACUCUUCGUGAAUUUGCAAGUGCGUAGGAGAGGCGGGUGCGGAGUACUCGAUGUGAUCGGGAGCAAGGUGAACGUGGAGGAGACACGUACGGUCAACAAUCUCGGUUGCUGGCCUUUGGCCUUUCGCGAUCACCGACGUNAGUGCGUCAAUCGCGCGCCUUCGGAGCAGGCGCAGACCGUCUUCGCGAGCCCUCUGCGUACACUUGCGCACCAAGCAACUCGAGUCAUGCCGCACGAAAGGAGCUACACCGCUCCUGCUGGCGAGUGGAGCGACAAAUCAUCUCACUCGCAGACCUCUAUCAACAACGAUGAUGACGAGUCACAUCAUGGCGCAAGCAAUACUAAAUCCAACGAUCCCGUCAACCUCGCCUGGGAAAACGUAGAGAGCUGGACGGAGCGACAUCGACUCGAUAGACUGAAGGUCAAAGCGCUUGACAAGAGCAUACGCAGCCGCGCAGAGCUACUUGCCGAAGCUGAGAACGAUCGCACCGCUGCCCUGAUCGACCAAACUCGGUCGGCCGAAGAGCUCGCGCAGGCCUGGGACAAGGUCAGAUCACUGACAGCUGCGUCUUUAGCGGUGCGCCUUGUUCCGCUUCCACGGAGAGGAGGUAUCGAAGAAGCCGAGCAUCUGGGCCAGAAGCGCGUAAGGUCUGAAUCUGUGCAGGAACCGCUCGAAACUAUUCCAGAACCGAUACCGGAAUUGAUCUCAGCCAGCACAAGUACUGCUGCGGUCGUGAUCAAAGCCGUCGAGCCCAAAGAGAAGCAUUCAAAUGAUCAGGGCCGCAUACUUAUCGAGAGAUUACCCCUGCCGCCGCGCGAUUACGCCGCGCUCGAAGGACAAGCUCGCACAACGCGCAGCAAGCCAGCAAUUGCAACUCGUAUCAAUCUAGUUCCGGACCCAAUUGCUCCAGAAGAUCCAACAGAUCAAGUUCCCGAAAGCAAGAGACUCAAGAGAAGUACGGCCGUCGCGAGCAGUGCCGUUGCCGCGCAAGAGCUCUCAAACGAGCAGUGGCAACAGAUUCAUUGCUUCUUCUGCGCUAAGGUGACAGCAUGCCUCACGUACCCUUAUGAAGAUGGUAGCGAGGCGGCGAUUUGCUUCAACUGCACCUACUCGAAAACAGACAGAGGCUUCGGCAAUAGAGUCAAAGAUGCAAGUCGAGUCGAGGCACAAUGCGCUGCGCUUGCAGCGAAGCUUUCUGAGCUCACCCCUGGACAGCCGGCAAAGCCAGAGCAACUCAUUCACGAGCUCCGUAAAGACGCGAUGCAGAGGAUCUUAUCCCUCCAUCACGUUUCGGCUAUGCUGUACCAAAUCGCCAUUUGCGCACCUCGCAAUUCUGUCACUGCUAUGGCGACUGCAGAACUGAAAGCAAUGGUCUUUGACUAUGUCUUUGCCGAUCCAAGUUUCACAACAACUCGCUUCGAAGCAUUCAGGGCGAUCAGAGGCUGUACCCUCUGGUGUCCAAAGACUGCCACUGAGGCCAAGCUAAGACACCUAGUCAAAGCUGCAGAGCUUACACAGAGAGCGUACGAAGGCUUCAUGAUGCCCAAGCUGAAGACGCCCAUCUCUGCUGCCACCAAAAGUCGCUACAUCAAGUGGUGGGACACGAUCCUGCUCGUGCAUACAGUGCAACCAAAUAUUAGCUUCGACAAGCUCUACGACGCCUUUGUUGAGAUCACGCACACGGAUUAG